CCGCGGGCGGCGGCGGCGCGCGGGGCGCGGGGCGGUGCGCGUUGACAGCAGCGGCGGCGGGACGCGGCGGGUGGCGGGGCUCGGCGCCUCCGGUUCCUGCCCCGGCUUCAGAGGCAGCGGCGGCGGCGGCCCGGGAUGGCCUUCAUGGAGAAGCCGCCGGCUGGCAAGGUGCUGCUGGACGACACGGUGCCGCUGACAGCGGCCGUCGAGGCGAGCCAGAGUCUGCAGUCGCACACGGAAUAUAUCAUCCGGGUGCAAAGAGGAAUUUCUGCAGAAAACAGCUGGCAGAUCGUCAGAAGAUACAGUGACUUCGAUCUGCUUAACAACAGCUUGCAAAUUACAGGCCUGAGCCUGCCUCUUCCUCCUAAGAAACUGAUUGGAAACAUGGACCGUGAGUUCAUCGCUGAGAGGCAGCGAGGCCUGCAGAACUACCUUAACGUCAUCAUGGCAAAUCAUGUCUUGUCCAACUGUGAGCUGCUUAAGAAGUUCCUAGACCCAAACAACUAUUCUGCAAACUAUACUGAGAUCGCCUUACAGCAGGUUUCCAUGUUCUUCCGAUCAGAACCAAAGUGGGAGGUGGUAGAACCACUGAAGGACAUAGGUUGGAGGAUAAGGAAGAAAUAUUUCUUGAUGAAAAUAAAAAACCAACCAAAGGAGCGGCUGGUGCUAAGCUGGGCUGAUCUUGGCCCAGACAAGUACUUGUCAGAUAAAGAUUUUCAGUGUCUAAUCAAACUUCUGCCUUCCUGUGUGCACCCUUACAUCUAUCGGGUCACCUUUGCCACGGCUAGCGAGUCCUCCGCAUUGCUGAUUAGAGCCUUUAAUGAGAAGGGAACUUUGAAGGAUCUGAUCUACAAGGCAAAACCAAAGGACCCCUUCCUAAAGAAAUACUGCAACCCUAAGAAAACCCAGGGCCUUGAACUCCAGCAAAUAAAAACAUAUGGGCGGCAGAUAUUAGAGGCACUAAAGUUUCUUCAUGACAAGGGAUUCCCUUACGGCCACCUCCAUGCAGCCAAUGUGAUGCUGGAUGGCAACACUUGCCGGCUGCUAGACCUCGAAAACUCACUGCUGGGUCUGCCUUCCUUCUACCGAUCCUACUUCACACAAUUCAGGAAAAUCAAUACAUUGGAGAGUGUAGAUGUGCACUGUUUUGGCCACUUACUCUAUGAAAUGACUUAUGGACGACCUCCCGACUCCGUGCCUGUGGACUCCUUUCCUCCUGCAUCAUCCUUGGCUGUGGUGGCCGUAUUGGAGUCUACGCUGUCUUGUGAAGCCUGUAAAAAUGGCAUGCCUACCGUCUCCCGGCUCUUACAGAUGCCAUUAUUCAGUGAUGUUUUACUAACAACUUCUGAAAAGCCACAGUUUAAGAUUCCCACAAAACUAAAAGAGGCAUUGCGAAUUGCCAAGGAAUGCAUAGAGAAGAGACUCACCGAGGAACAGAAGCAGAUUCACCAGCAUCGAAGACUAACGAGAGCCCAGUCACACCAUGGGUCUGAGGAAGAAAGGAAAAGGAGAAAGAUCUUAGCUCGAAAGAAGUCAAAACGAUCUGCUGUUGAAAACAGUGAGGAGCAGCCAGUGAAGCACAGUAACUCCAAUAACUCAGCAGGAUCUGGGGCCAGCUCACCUCUCACAUCCCCAUCAUCUCCAACUCCACCCUCCACAGCAGGUAGCAGAGUCACUAGCAGACCUAACUGUGGGAGGAAGAAGCACGCUCCUUGUUCAGGGCUUCUCCUGGGAGAGUAGAGCAUGCACCACUUUGAACGUGAAUUUUCGGACUGUCUUCAGCAUUACCUCCACCUCCUCCGCCACCUCCUCCUCCACCUCCACCAGCAGGUCCCUCGCCAACCUCAGCCACGGAGAUGCCUGCUCCGUUCCUGCCCCAGCCUGUGAAUGGUGUGAACCGUGGGGCCUUGCUCAGUUCCAUCCAGAAUUUCCAAAAGGGAACUUUGCGGAAAGCCCAAACCUGUGAUCACAGCGCUCCCAAGAUCGGCUGAUGCUUCUUGGUAACGCUGAGCAGGCUCAGCCCUCUGCCCCGUCCCACCCCUCUUCCUAGGUGAGCUCUUCCACAGCUUCCCUCAAGGCCUUCCCCGGGUGACUCCCUGCAGAGCCAGCCACACUCCAGUUAGGAGGCUUGAAGAGGGAAGUGCGCUCCAAAUAGAAUACAGUGGGGCCAGCACUGCUGCCUUAAUAUUUUGCUCCUUGUGAUGCUAUUGGGCUUCCUUUAGGGGCAGCACUGUUUGGGUAUUAUUUUCACCAGCGAAAGAAAAAUGUCAGAAAAUCAAAAGCAAUGGCAGUAUUCUGUCACAGCAGCAAUUGGCCUUUGUCACUCCGUCCUUCCCACUCUAUUAUAGAAGUGUUCUCAUAGCUCAUUCCUCUGCAGCAUCUUUUGGUUAGUUCUUAGGCAGCUCACCUCAGAUGCUAACGUUGUAACCUGUCAGUUACACUGCUGAGGGAGAAACAGCGGCUCAUCACUCUCCCUACACAGAGGAUGCGGGGGAGGAGACGGGGGAGCUCCUCAGAGCUCAGUGUGGACUGAACUCUGUUCACUGUGCUCAGAACAGCACCUCGGGAUCUGUACAGCCACAAUGCGCCAGACAGGACAUUAACCACAGAUAAAGGGUUGUCUUAGUCCUCAGCCAUUAAAUCCAGCUUGGAGUAGAGGGAGGGCCAACAUUACAAGUGAAUCUGGCAUCUAUAGUAAUCACUUCUGAUUUGAUUUAUCCAACUUAAGCAUCUUUUGAUAUUACUGUUAUCAGAAAUCUUUUAUCCUAUGAUUUGCUUAAACCUUUUAAAUAAAUUGCACUUUAAAGGAUUAUAAAAAAUCCAUUUUAAAAUUCAAAUACACACAUCAGUGUUGGUUACUAUGCAGAAAGAAUGUUAUUGUGUAUAGAUUCAUGUAAUCUGUGAUAUAUGUUCAGCUGUAUUUUUUAUUAAAAUAAAUCAUGUCACGAAAGUA